GGUAUAUAUACAGUCGUAACAUUUGGGAACCUAUCUUUUUUCCAGUUCUUCACUAUUACGCGAUUUCAACUCUGCUUUUCAAACAAGAUGCAUUACUUUGUAUUUUUGCUUUGCACUCUUUUGGUGCAUUUCACGCAAUCAAGUACGGUAGUUAAUAAUGUCGAGGAUGAUAUUUCAAUCAAUAAUGUUCCUGAUUACGAGGUGAUGCCAGUUGGUCACAUGAUCCAUAAGCGAUCACCAACGCCAGUUACAAGAACUUCUUUUACUUCAAAUGUUGAUAAAAAACAUACAAUAAAGAUUUGCCGCAAUGGAAAAUGUGAAGAAAGAGAUUCUAACGAUGCAGGUUUUAAAGACUUUCAAAAUCAGUUGAAGCAACGCAAUUCCUUCUUUAAACACUAA